AAACAGAUUACUACCAUCCUCUUCGACUGCGACAACACUCUGGUCUUGUCCGAACAUCUGGCUUUUGAAGCAUGCUCUGAUCUUGUAAAUGAGAUUUUAGCCUCGCGAAACAUCCGCGAUCGCUUUACCGGUCCUCAAUUGCAAGAAGAUUUCGUUGGGCAGAGCUUUCAAAAUAUGAUGAAAUCACUAAAAACUCAAUACAAGUAUGAGUACCAAAUCAGCGACGACGAACUGGACGACUUCGCGAGUAUGGAAGACGAUAUAGUCAUAGCUAAGCUGGGAGAGAAGUUGACGCCCUGUGCUGGUGUCGCGGUGGAACUUGAACAAUUGCUCAAAGCUGGCACUUACAAUCUCUCGGUCGUCUCUGGUUCUGCUCUUCGACGUAUUCAAGCUUCGAUAGAAAAGGUCGGCUUUGAUAAAUAUUUCAGCCACAAUGAGAUCUUUAGCGCUACAAAUUCUCUUCGGGAACCAACAUCAAAGCCCGAUCCAGCCAUCUAUCUUCAUGCUUUGAAGGUCUUGAAGAAAUCACCGGGAGAGUGUGUGGCUAUUGAGGAUAGCAGAUCGGGUGUAAUGGCUGCAAGGCGCGCUGGUAUCAAAACAAUUGGGUAUACGGGCUGCUAUAAAGAAGAAGAGCAGGCAAAGAUGAAGAUGCUACUAGUAGAUUCUGGCAGUCUGGUCAUCAUGGAUCAUUGGAAGGACUUUCAGCAUUGCUUGGCAAAGAUUCAGAGUGGCGACGUUUGA